CUCUCGCGCACUUUUGUUUUGACGCUGAAGCUGUUCGGUCGUGGAAUCUGCGUUUCGCGCGAGCUCGCGAGGUUUUUCAGUGGCCUUCCGCGGAAGAUCUCAAAGUGCAUCAUCCCCUCUCUCUCCAUUCCAACAUUGUUCAUCCGUCUUCCAAGGUUCCUUCCAUUCCGGCGACGCUAGUAAUUAUGGUUGUGCUGUGUGUUGAUAGUGACAUCUGCUACUGAUAUGGUGAAAAAGAGUCUGGAACUGGUCCAGACGAAAAAACAAUAGAGAAGGUUAACGCGAACCAGUUUGGCUGGUUUGGCAUGAGUAAAUCGAUCCCAGAAAGGGAGAGUGUGUUGUGUAAUUGCUGUUCGAAAUAAAGGUGCAGCCUUCUGUUUGAUUUCGGUAAUUUCAAAUCGGGGAUUAAUCUGCGACGCAAAACACUUUUUGUGUGCAGCGGAAAGUGAACGUAAAUCACUUGGUCGCGUGAAAACAAAGGUCGCACGAAGAAGAAGAGAGAAACAUUAAACGGUACCUGGUACGCGGCGCCGUAGUAGAUUCUCCACCUCGUCGACUGUUGCCCUUGCGUAGGAGUAAACGGUUCCACCCGCCGCUGCCCUUUUUGUGUGGGUUUCGGAGGUGCAUACAAAGCACUCGCAGUGUGCAUAUGAAAUUGGAUCCAGCAGCUGUAACAUCUUACUCUGGAAGUGGACAAGCAUUGUGAGAUCAGUGCAGCGGCGUGAGUCACCGGAAGGGAGUGUUGCUUGGAAGGUCCAGGAGACCGAGUCGGAAAUCUUCAAGAAGGAAAAUCAUCGAGGAAACGAAAAUGGGCAACGUGGUCGACAAGGUCACCAGCCCGAUAAAGGCAAUGCGGGGCACAAAGCGGAAGCGCGAGGACAACGAUUCGGACAGCAACGAGGAGAUCAACGAUUUGCUGGACAAAUCGCUUGCCACUCCGAAGAGGAAGAAGCUCAUUUCCACCGCCAAGUACAUCUACCAAGCGCUGUUCAAAGAGGAACGCAACUCGGAUAUUACGGUGCACGCGUUGGGAAAAGUGUGGCGACUGCACAAAGUUUACCUCAGCCAGAGUCCGUACUUUGCCAGUAUGUUCAACGGAUCGUGGCGGGAAGCCGACGAGGAUUACGUUCACAUUGAGAUCAUCGAUCCGAAGAUCACCAUCGAGUCGCUGUACUCGGUGUUUGGGUCGCUGUACAUGGACGAGGUUUCGCUGGAACCGCGCGAGAUUGUGUCCAUUCUGGCGACCGCGACCCUCUUUCAGCUGGACAGCCUGAUCGAUCGGUGCGCCGAGGUGAUGAUUGAAACGACCAACGCCGAGACGGCGGUCCGGUAUUAUGAGGCGGCCUGCGAGUACGGUGUGAAGAGCGUAAAACAAUCAACCUUCGGUUGGAUGUUGGUGAACUUGCUGAGUUUGUACUACAAGAACGGUAAAUGGUUACGGUUGAUUAGCAUCGAGCUGAUGGAACUGCUGGUGAACUCGGCUGAUCUGUACGUGAUGCAGACGGAACUGUCGUUGUACACUUUGUUGCGGUUCUGGAUGUUUUUGAAGUUGCAUCCGCUUAGCGAUGAGGAAUGCGACAAGGUUACGGCCUCGGACGAGCAGUUGCAGUAUUUUGCGAACCGAACUAGCACGGUCGCGUUCUUGAACACACCGAAGGGAAUACCGUACGAGCGUUGUUUCCGGGCGUUACGAUUGCACAAUCUGCUGAAUCACCACGUUGAUAUCCGAGUACUUAAGCAGGACAACAUCAUUCCCUUGGACUGGAUGAACGAACCCUUGUUUCAACAGUGGAACAGCAUGCUUUUGGUAGAUCAAUCGCUGGACAAGGGACCGAAAGAAGUGGACGAGAAGGUCUUUCUGGAUACGUGCAUACGCUGCGGCAGGACACUACCCGAGAACGAGUACUUGAAGUGGCGCUGGACUGGGUUCAACUUUGGACUGGAUUUAAUUCUGAUAUCGGACACGAAAACGCUGCGAGUAAAGCGGCACCACCGGACGGAGAACGAGCGACUGCUCAGCCUACAGGUUAAGCGACAAUUCCUGAUCCGCGUCUCGGUGGCUUCGCUGAACGACCUCCGCCAGGUCAAGCACCAGCAAACAACACCCAUCCAGCAGAUAGCGCUCGAGAAAAACGAAGAGGCCAUGCUUAUCAUGUUCGACAAAGAACUGACCUACCCGCUGCUUAUUUCCGUCAACAUGCUCGUGGUGUCACCGCCCCGGGUCAGCUUAAACCCGGCGAUCACGCUCGCAUCCCCCGCCGCCGGUCCGUCCAAGCAGCGCCGUGGAGCGGCAGCGUCCGACGACGAAGAAACCGGAGCCGGAAACAGCACCGCGCUGUCCUCCUGAUUGCAGCCGAUUCGUGUCAAACGUGGAUGACCACGCGGCCGCCGCUGUUAGGAGUUCGUUGAACUCUUCACGCUCAGCUGAUUCUCGCUGCUGGUUCGAACAUUUUUGGCACACUUUGCCGGCAUAUCUUUCUCGCGCGCGCACACACACACACGCACACAUACAGAUAACACACUAACAAUGUAGCGUUAGCUAGAAGCAACGCCGGGUAGCGAUAAGUUUACCUCUCCCAAUCAGCUCGAUUAGAUGUGCCAUUCAACCGAAGUUUACAUAACACUCACGCUCACCACAUUCGCCCAGUGUCUUACACAUUCUGUAUAGAUGUACUCAAUCGUGAUCACUGUUGCCACAAAGAAGAAAACAAAACAAAA